AUCUCCAUGAGUUGAGCAGCCUGAGCAGAUGAGGUGAAGUGAGUUGGCUGCCAGCGCGUGCUGUAUCUUGUAUGGCUGUACUGUAUCCCCCCUCCUCUCGCUAACCCUUUGUCUCCUUCCCCCACAAAACCACCUCCGCCCCCUCCUCCCACCAGUACCUGUGAGUUGUGAGCUCCUUGCUGCGGCUGCUUGCUCCCCUCAUCUCUAGCCUGUACACUGGUUGGAGUGGUUGCCAGUGUUCUCCCCACCUGCUCCUCUCGAUCCACUCCAUCCCCUUUGGCCAUGGGUGUGCAAGCAUACAUCUACGGUAAUUGCAUGCUUCUCCUGCCUUGAAGCGGAAGCCUUAGCCUUAGCCUGCCGCCUGGGGGAAACCUUCUGUUUCGCCGCUGCCGCUGCUGUGGUAUAAAGGUGGAAGGCUGAUCCGUCGACGGACGGAGUCCCGGCGGAGGGAAGAUUGCUCCGUCGCCGCGGUUUCGCGGCCAAGAAGGUGGCCUACGCGGUGGAAAGGGGCGGGGCGGGGCCGUGAAGGAAUCUUGCUCCGACGCCAAUCCCUCCUCUGCCCCUCGAUUUUCGGGCGGUUGUCGGUGCUGCCUUUCGCAGUAAGAGGUGGGAUCUCGCGUCCGGCGGCGGCGGCGGCGGCGUUGCUGGAUCGAGCAACCUCCGGCGGUGGCCUGCGUACCUGCGUGGCCGAUCUGUGCGUGGCUGUUCAUCUCUUCGCCGGCAUUGCGAGGCGGGCUCGCCGGGCGGUGUGGAUUGCUUGCGGUGAGGAGUGCGGAGGAGAGGUGCUGAUCCAAGCGGCGGGCGGGCGGGCGGCUGCACGCCAGGUGUUCGACGAAGGACCCCGACCGGGCCAGCCAGCCAUGAGGGACUUCCCUUCCUGCUUCGGCGAGAGCGGCGUCCAGAUCGCGGACGCGUCGUCGUCGUCGUCCAGCGCCGGCAAGGGCGCGGCGCAGAACCUGGUGACCUGCCUCUACCAGACGCAGUUCUCGGGCCGGCCCUGCGUGAUCUCGCUCACGUGGAGCAGGAGCCUCAUGGGGCAGGGCCUCAGCGUCGGCGUCGACGACCUGUCCGGCCACUGCCUCUGCAAGGCGGACAUCAAGCCGUGGCUCUUCUCCAAGAAGAAGGGGUCCAAGAGCCUCGACGUCGAGGACGGCAAGAUCGACAUCUUCUGGGACCUGUCGGGCGCCAAGUUCGGCGCUGGGCCAGAGCCGGUGGAGGGGUUCUAUGUCGCAGUGGUGUUCGACCUUGAGCUCGUGCUCUUGCUCGGCGACAUGAAGAAGGAUGCCUACAGGAAGACUGGAGCCAACCGGUCGAUGCUGAACGCCGCGUUUGUGGCGAGGAGGGAGCACAUAUACGGCAAGAAGACCUACUCCGCCAAGGCGCAGUUCUGCGACAAUGGCCAGUUCCAUGACAUUGUCAUAGACUGCGACACCGUCGACCUGAAGGAUCCGUGUCUUGAAAUAAGAGUUGACAAGAAGCCCGUGAUGCAGGUGAAGCGCCUGGCGUGGAAGUUCAGGGGAAACCAGACGAUUCUCGUCGACGGCUUGCCUGUGGAGGUGUUCUGGGACGUUCACAGCUGGCUCUUUGGAUCAACGGCGAGCAACGCGGUGUUCAUGUUUCAGACAUGCCAGGCGCCUGAGAAGUCGCUGCCAUGGUCGUACUCGCAGAUUUUUAGGGAGUCCCAGUUGCAAGGUCUUGGUUUCUCGCUGAUCCUGCAUGCGUGGAAGCUUGAAUAGGGCUCUU